AGCACCGUAGCCAUCCAAAAAGGCGAAAACACUUGAGGAGCGUUGCGUGCGAGGGAGAGAGAGAGAGAGAGAGAGAGAGAGAGAGACAGAGAGAGAGAGAGAGAGAGAGACAGAGAGAGAGAGAGAGACAGAGAGAGAGAGAAGGAGGGAGGACUCUCGGAAGCAAAACAUGGCGUAACAGCAGCUCUGUUUGAAGCUCCUCCGUGUUUUCGGAUUUGAAGCGUUUAAAAACUUUAAAUAAGUCUCGCGCCGCGCUCGGUGUUCGGUGUAACGGCUGGUGACGGUGACGGUGACGGUGUUGAGGACAGAGCCCGCCUGUGUGCUCCGGUUCCCCCGGUCAGGCUGCAGUUUGUCGGGCUGUCAGCGCAGAAUGAACAAAGUUUAAUCUGGAAACUUUAGCUUUAGCUGCUAGCUGUGUUUAGCUCGGAGCUCGCGCAGAGCUAACUCUGACGUUCGGGUGCUCGCGCGCACCUGACUCGGCGGCGCUCGGCUUUUCCCGGAGCCUCGGCGGAAACACACGAAGACACAAAGUCGUGUUAACAAGUUUGACAACUGCCGCCAAACGACGCCAUCGUUCCCGUCGUGCGUUAAUCAGCUGCGGGAGGGACGUGCGUGAGUCUGAGGCGGGAGGUGACAGCCUGACAGGCGGGUCGGAGGUUCUGCUGCGGUGCGGACGGACCCGGACGCCAUCACAUCUCACACACACACACACACACACACACACACACACACAGAGACAGACAGACGCUGCGUUCUCCUUUAAAAAAAAAAAUCUGCGUUUGUUUGAACCGCAAAUGUGAUUUUAACGCUUCUUCAUCUGCGUGAUCGGGACUGUUAUUUCUCGAUCGUUCGCCGGCGGCUCGCCCGGAUCAUGACCGCAGCAAGGUGUCCAGCACCGGAGCUGCAUCGCGUCGACAGGCUGCCAGUCGGUUGAACGGUGGCCCCGGCUAACGGUGACGUUACCAGCUCUGCCGUGUUUACGUGAAGUUACCGGAUUCAUAUCAGCGAGAGAUCUGCGGUGAAUCCACCGCACGGCCCCGGCUGGGUGCGUCUGUCUGCGUGUUGACAGCUUCCAGCUGCUAGCUGUAUUUACACACACACACACACACACACACACACACACACAGUGUGUGUUAUCACAGGCUAACUUUAAGUUCGUGCAGCCAUGUCUGAAAACGCCCCCACACGAAGCCUGGACGACAUCGACCUCGCAGCUCUGAGGGAUCCAGCAGGAAUCUUUGAGCUGGUCGAGGUUGUCGGCAAUGGGACAUAUGGACAGGUGUACAAGGGCCGUCACGUGAAGACGGGCCAGCUGGCGGCCAUCAAGGUGAUGGACGUCACCGAGGAGGAAGAGGAGGAGAUCAAGGCGGAAAUCAACAUGCUGAAGAAAUACAGCCACCACCGCAACAUCGCCACAUACUACGGUGCCUUUGUGAAGAAGAGUCCACCGGGACACGACGACCAGCUCUGGCUGGUGAUGGAGUUCUGCGGGGCCGGAUCGGUGACCGACCUGGUGAAGAACACUAAGGGCAGCUCUCUGAAGGAGGACUGGAUCGCGUACAUCUGCAGAGAGAUCCUCAGGGGCCUCUCUCACCUCCACGCCCACAAAGUGAUCCACAGAGACAUCAAGGGUCAGAACGUGCUGCUGACGGAGAACGCGGAGGUCAAACUGGUUGAUUUCGGGGUGAGCGCUCAGCUGGACCGGACCGUCGGCCGUCGGAACACCUUCAUCGGCACACCUUACUGGAUGGCACCUGAGGUCAUCGCCUGUGACGAGAACCCCGACUCCACCUACGACUACAGGAGUGAUAUCUGGUCUUUGGGGAUCACGGCCAUCGAGAUGGCAGAGGGAGCUCCGCCCUUGUGUGACAUGCAUCCAAUGAGAGCGCUCUUCCUGAUCCCCAGGAAUCCCCCUCCCAAACUCAAGUCCAAGAAAUGGUCCAAAAAAUUCAUUGACUUUAUAGAGGGCUGUCUGGUGAAGACGUAUCCCAGCCGACCGUCCACGGAGCAGCUUCUCAAGCACUCGUUUAUCCGGGACCAGCCCACCGAGCGGCAGGUCCGGAUCCAGCUCAAAGACCAUAUCGACCGUACGCGCAAGAAGAGGGGAGAGAAAGAGGAGACGGAGUACGAGUACAGCGGCAGCGAUGAAGAGGAUGAAAACCGCGGAGAUGACAGAGAGUCGAGUUCGAUCCUCAACGUGCCCGGCGAGUCCACCCUGAGGCGGGACUUCCAGCGCCUGCAGCAGGAGAACAAGGAGCGCUCGGAGGCUCACAAGAGGCAGCAGGCUCAGCUGGCCGCUCAGCGCAGAGACCCCGAGGAACACAAGAGGCAACUGCUGCACGAUCGGCAGAAACGCAUCGAGGAGCAGAAGGAACAGCGCCGCCGCCUGGAAGAGCAACAGAGAAAAGAGCGAGAGAUGGUGAGGCAGCAGGAGAAAGGUCCCCACCGGAGGCUCGACGACAUGAGACGGGAGGAAGACAGGAGGCUGGCCGAGAGGGAGCAGGAGUUUAUCAGACACAAGUUAGAAGAAGAGCAGCGGCAGUUAGAGAUCCUUCAGCAGCAGCUGCUUCAGGAGCAAGCACUGCUCAUGGAGUACAAGCGGAAGCAGCUGGAGGAGCAGCGUCAGUCGGAGCGGCUGCAGAGGCAGCUGCAGCAGGAGCAUGCAUACCUGGUGUCUCUGCAGCAGCAGCAGCAGGAGAAGAAGCCACAGCUCUACCACUACAACAAAAACCUGGAGCCCAACAACAAACCCACCUGGGCCCGCGAGGUGGAGGAGCGAAGUAAGCUCAACAGACAGGGCUCCCCCAAGAUCUGCACCACCGUCUCCGACACUGCCAUCCAGUCCCGCUCUGACUCAAUCAGCCAGUCAGGAGUGGUCCAGUCUGCUCAGACCCCCCCGAUGCAGCGGCCUGUGGAGCCCCAAGGAGGGCAGGGAAAGUUCCAGAUGGCUCACUUGGUUCCACUGAAGCCUUAUGCUGCCCCUGUCCCUCGCUCCCAGUCUCUCUGUGAUCAGCCCACUAAGACCAUGUCCGCCUUCCCCACCCAGGAUCCCUCCCUCACCCCCACACCUCGCCCCAUCCACUCCAGAGAGCUGGUGCGUCAAAACUCGGACCCCACCUCUGAAACCCCGGCACCGCAGACACACCAGAUCCGAGAGGAUCGCGGGCCCUGGAUCCGCCUGCCAGACGUGGAACUCCCACCUAAGAUCCCUCAGAGGACAGCGUCCAUCGCCACAGCUCUCAACACCAACCUGACCUCUGGCAUAAGGCACCCAGUCAGAGCCAGUAAUCCAGAUCUGAGCCGCAACGAUCGCUGGGAGAGAGGAGACAGUAUGAGCAUCAUCUCCAAUCUGCCGCAGACCGGCUCUCUGGAGAGGCAUCGUAUCCUCAGUUCCUCCAAAAUGGAUUCGCCCAUUCUGUCCCAUGACAGUCGUCACAAGCCGGGGGAGUCUCGCACGUCCUCCCGCCCCGGGCGUCCUGCUAGUUACAAGAGAGCUAUAGGAGAGGAUCACGGCCUCUUUGCUAAAGAGCGUGCUGAGGAGCAGCCGCGACCUCCGGUGAAGGCCAACGACUACUCCUCUUCUUCAGAGAGCAGCGAGAGCAGCGAGGAGAGCGAGAGCGGCGAGGGAGCUGAGGAGGAAGAAAGCCCCACCGACCGCCACCGCGAUGCAGACACCGACUCCGUCAACACCAUGGUGGUUCACGAAGACGAAGGCGAGGGGGGAGAGGGCGAGCAGGCCGGAGGGUACGGGGAUCAGACCAUGCUGGUGCAGAGGACCCCAGAGAAGAGGAGCCAUAACGGCUACACUAACUUGCCAGAUGUGGUGCAGCCCUCUCACUCCCCGACCGACUCAGCCACUCACUCGUCUCCUGGGAAGGACUCUGUUUAUGAUUAUCAGUCCAGAGGUUUGGUUAAAGCUUCUGGAAAGUCUUCCUUCACCACCUUUGUGGAUCUGGGCAUGUACCAGUCACCAGGCAGCACCGGGGAUAACAUAUCUGUGACCGGCUCCAGGUUUGAGCAGCUGAAGAUGGAGGUGAGGAAAGGCUCCAUGGUGAACGUCAACCCCACCAACACACGCCCCCCCAACGACACGCCCGAGAUCCGCAAGUACAAGAAGAGGUUCAACUCUGAGAUCCUGUGUGCCGCGCUCUGGGGUGUGAACCUGUUGGUGGGCACAGAGAACGGUUUGAAGCUGCUGGACCGGAGCGGUCAGGGCAAAGUUUACCCCCUCAUCAACUCCCGCAGGUUCCAACAGAUGGACGUCCUGGAGGGCCUCAACCUGCUCAUCACCAUAUCAGGCAAGAAAAACAAGGUGCGAGUUUACUACCUGGCCUGGCUGAGGAACAAGAUCCUCCACAACGACCCCGAGGUGGAGAAGAAGCAGGGCUGGACCACGGUGGGGGAGAUGGAGGGCUGCGUUCACUACAAAGUGGUGAAAUACGAGCGGAUAAAGUUCCUGGUGAUCGCGCUGAAGAACGCCGUGGAAGUGUACGCCUGGGCGCCGAAGCCUUAUCACAAAUUCAUGGCCUUCAAGUCUUUUGCAGACCUGCCACACAGGCCCGUCCUGGUCGACCUCACGGUGGAGGAGGGUCAGAGGCUGAAGGUCAUCUACGGUUCUUGCGCCGGAUUCCACGCAAUCGACGUCGACUCCGGAAACAACUACGACAUCUACAUCCCCGUUCACAUCCAGAGUCACGUGACGCCGCACGCCAUCGUGUUCCUGCCCAGCUCAGACGGCAUGGAGAUGCUGCUGUGCUAUGAGGACGAGGGCGUCUACGUCAACACCUACGGGCGCAUCAUCAAGGACGUGGUGCUGCAGUGGGGAGAGAUGCCCACGUCUGUCGCUCACAUCUGCUCCAAUCAGAUCAUGGGAUGGGGAGAGAAAGCCAUCGAGAUCCGGUCUGUGGAGACCGGACACCUCGACGGCGUCUUCAUGCACAAACGAGCUCAGAGGCUGAAGUUCCUCUGCGAGAGAAACGACAAGGUGUUCUUUGCGUCGGUGCGGUCCGGCGGCAGCAGCCAGGUGUACUUCAUGACCUUGAACAGGAACUGCAUCAUGAACUGGUGAAGGUGAACAGCUGAUCCAGGUCGGCGUGCGAGGGGAAACCCGGCAGGGUUCGGAGGAAGGAAGUGCAUCCAAAACUGUCCCACAACGCAUGCACACAAAUGUGAACACUUCUUUAUCUUUGUGUCUCGCUCACACACUCACUCUAAAACACACACACACACACUAAUAAUCUCUAAGCUCUUUCUAGCCGAGCGUUUGUACCGAGCCCCCCUGAAACAUCGCAGCUCCCUCGAAUCACCACGGAAACUCAGACGAGCUUCAGAUGUUGACGCCAUCUUAAUUUGUACUGUAUAUACUCUCGUGUUGAUUUCUUUACUUGGUGGACCCGUGUUCAGUCGUGACUUUAGUUCCUAAUCGUGAAGUACGUUAAAACAUUCCUGAUGCUUCGACAGUUCGUUUUGAAGAAGGCAUUAAUUACUGACACUAACCUGUUCGUCCAGAUGAAGCUGUAAAUACGUAGCACCUUAAACUUAGAGCUCAGUCACUGGCCUCACACACACACACACACACACACACACACACACACACAGGAUUAAAACACAACAAAGAGACGUCAGGACAAAGUAGCUCGUUUAAAUAUCUGGACAAACGAUCAAACCAUGACGGCACAAAAAGCUUCAGAUGAACCAAUCAGAAGAGACGUCAGCGCGUGUAAUCAGCGCUGACGUCUCCUGCUUCGCCUUUUUUUUGUAUCUAAACUUUUUGUUUUGGUAGAUUUACAAACUACAGACUUUGUUAUUUAUAUGUAGUGAUUCUGUAUUGGUAUUAGCCGACUGCUCUCCUUAAUUUACUGUAAUUAUAUUGCUGUUAUAUCGCAAUAUACGCUGUUCUCGUGGAGUCUUUGUUCGAGGAGGGGAGGUCGCGUGUUUGGCUGGUCGUGUUGGAGCGCGGUCACCGCGCGGUGAUCCGCUCCGCUGUACAUUACACUUUCACUUCGGCUCGUGUGGAUCUUUCUCGUGUUUUUUCGGUGGUUCAGCUCAGUGGAAAGAUUUGAAGUGGACGGCUGGAACACGAGACUUAUUAAUAUAUUUUCUAUCUGUACAUUCUGCCAAAGUUCACAGCAUCUUCUGCAUCAGGGGGGAUGAAACGAGGCCAAAGGAGCUGAAAUGAGAAACUCCUCGUGCAGAUCACUAACCAAUGUUCCUUCCAGGGUGUAAAUAUAUCCAAAAAAAAUCAGCUGACUGCUCACUAAUAAUCUGCUGUCGUGCUUUAUUAGCUGCGUGUCCUAUAAACUCUGUUAACGCUGCACCAGGCCACAGGUCGAGUCUGUGAAAGGAAUGUUGGCUCGUGAUCGACGGAGGUUUGUUUCAUACGUGGUCAGAGUCCCGGAUGACAUGAAUCAGUAGAACUUUACGGAUGAUUAGACUAAACACACACAGCAUGUACGCCAUCACAGUCGAUAUUUAAGUCGUUUUUAUUCUUCAGUCACGUGCCACAUUUCAGACGACGACGCCGUCGCACCAACACGAGCUCUGACACUCAAUCCUGAUU